ACCUGCUCAGAGGCAGAACACAAACUGUUCUCUGUGAUAUUCUCCAACUACAACCAGUACAUUCGCCCAGUGGAGAAUGUGUCUGACCCAGUAAUCGUGCAGUUUGAGGUGUCCAUGUCCCAGCUGGUCAAAGUGGAUGAAGUGAAUCAGAUUAUGGAGACCAACCUGUGGCUGAGACACGUCUGGAACGAUUACAAACUCCGGUGGGAUCCCAAAGAUUUCGGAGGAGUGGAGUUCAUCCGUGUUCCAUCCAACAGGAUCUGGAAGCCAGAUAUUGUUCUGUACAAUAAUGCAGUGGGAGACUUCCAAGUAGAUGAUAAAACCAAAGCCCUUCUUCGCUACAACGGAGAUGUGACCUGGAUACCACCGGCCAUAUUCAAGAGCUCCUGCAAGAUAGACGUCACCUAUUUUCCCUUCGACUAUCAAAACUGUACCAUGAAGUUUGGUUCGUGGACCUACGACAAGGCCAAGAUUGACUUGGUACUCAUUGGAACCACCAUCAACCUGAAGGACUUCUGGGAGAGCGGGGAGUGGGUGAUCAUCAACGCGCCCGGUUACAAACACGACAUCAAGUACAACUGCUGUGAGGAGAUCUACACGGACAUCACCUACUCGCUCUACAUCCGACGGCUGCCUCUCUUCUACACCAUCAACAUGAUCAUCCCCUGUCUGCUCAUCUCCUUCCUCACUGUGCUGGUCUUCUACCUGCCGUCCGACUGCGGCGAGAAAGUCACUCUGUGCAUCUCUGUGCUGCUCUCCCUCACCGUCUUCCUCCUGGUUAUCACCGAGACCAUCCCGUCCACCUCGCUGGUCAUCCCUUUGAUUGGCGAGUACCUGCUCUUCACCAUGAUCUUCGUCACGCUUUCCAUCGUCAUCACCGUUUUCGUGCUGAACGUCCACUACCGCACGCCCAAGACUCACACCAUGCCGGAGUGGGUACGUCGCGUCUUCCUGGGCAUGCUGCCCCGGGUCAUGUUCAUGACGCGGCCCGAGCGAGAUCCAGAGAGGCUGAGUGGGGGGGGGUCCCUGAAGCCCUGUGCUCUGCACGCCCCACCCGCCGGCUCCUUACAGAAGCACCAGGUCAAACCACAGGGCCUGGCAACCGGCCUGUCUCACCGCCCACACCUUCUGCUCAGUGCCAGUCCAUGCUCCAGCUCGGAAUCACUGGAUGGGGGCCUGACCCUCUCCAGUCUCUCCCCAGAGGUCCAAGAGGCCAUCGAGAGCGUCAAGUACAUUGCGGAGAACAUGAGACUGCAGAACGAAGCCAAGGAGGUCCAAGAUGACUGGAAGUACGUUGCCAUGGUGAUCGACCGAAUAUUCCUGUGGGUUUUUAUUCUGGUUUGUAUUCUGGGGACUGCCGGCCUGUUCCUUCAGCCGCUCCUUCUGGGAGAGGACAUGUGA